AUGGGUAAAGAGAAGACUCACGUUAACGUUGUCGUUAUUGGUCACGUCGAUUCCGGUAAGUCCACCACCACUGGUCACUUGAUUUACAAGUGUGGUGGUAUCGAUAAGCGUACCAUCGAGAAGUUCGAGAAGGAAGCCGCUGAACUCGGUAAGGGUUCCUUCAAGUACGCUUGGGUUCUUGACAAACUCAAGGCUGAACGUGAGCGUGGUAUCACCAUUGAUAUCGCUCUCUGGAAGUUCGAGACCCCCAAGUACAAUGUCACUGUCAUUGAUGCUCCUGGCCAUCGUGAUUUCAUCAAGAACAUGAUUACUGGUACUUCUCAAGCCGAUUGUGCUAUUCUUAUCAUUGCUGGUGGUACUGGUGAAUUCGAAGCUGGUAUUUCCAAGGAUGGUCAAACUCGUGAGCACGCUCUUCUUGCUUUCACCUUGGGUGUCCGUCAAUUGAUUGUUGCUAUCAACAAGAUGGAUACCACCAAGUGGUCUCAAGAUCGUUACAACGAAAUUGUCAAGGAAGUUUCCGGUUUCAUCAAGAAGAUCGGUUUCAACCCCAAGUCUGUUCCCUUCGUCCCCAUUUCUGGCUGGCACGGUGAUAACAUGUUGGAUGAAUCCACCAACAUGCCCUGGUUCAAGGGAUGGAACAAGGAGACCAAGGCCGGUUCCAAGACUGGUAAGACUCUCCUCGAAGCCAUCGAUGCUAUUGAGCCCCCUGUUCGUCCUUCCGACAAGCCUCUCCGUCUUCCCCUCCAAGAUGUCUACAAGAUUGGUGGUAUUGGUACAGUUCCCGUUGGUCGUGUUGAAACUGGUACUAUUAAGGCUGGUAUGGUUGUCAACUUUGCUCCCGCUGCUGUUACCACUGAAGUCAAGUCCGUCGAAAUGCACCACGAAACCCUCUCUGAAGGUCUUCCCGGUGACAACGUCGGUUUCAACGUCAAGAACGUCUCCGUCAAGGAUAUCCGUCGUGGUAACGUCUGUUCCGACUCCAAGAACGAUCCCGCUAAGGAAUCUGCUUCUUUCACCGCUCAAGUUAUUAUCUUGAACCAUCCCGGUCAAAUCUCUGCUGGUUACGCACCAGUUCUCGAUUGUCACACUGCUCACAUCGCCUGUAAGUUCUCUGAACUCAUUGAGAAGAUUGAUCGUCGUUCCGGUAAGAAGAUGGAAGAUGCUCCUAAGUUCGUCAAGUCUGGUGAUUCCGCUAUCGUCAAGAUGGUUCCCUCCAAGCCCAUGUGUGUUGAAGCUUAUACUGACUAUCCUCCUCUCGGUCGUUUCGCUGUCCGUGAUAUGCGUCAAACUGUCGCUGUCGGUGUCAUCAAGUCCGUUGAGAAGGUUGACAAGGCUGGUAAGGUCACCAAGGCCGCCGCCAAGGCUUCCAAGAAAUAA